AUGGUGGUUUAUCAUUGUUGUGUUCCAAACUGCACCGCAUCAACUAGAAAGUUUAACAAACUGCAUAAGUAUCCUUGGAUGCAAGGUGUGACAUUUAUUUCUCUGCCAAAUAAGAUAAGGAAUGCAAAGGAAAGGCGAGACUGGUUGAGAUUGAUUAGGCGGCCGAAUGAUUGGACUCCAACGAAAUACACACGUAUUUGUUCACUGCACCUUGAUGAAAACAACAACAACACUCUACCAACAUUGUUUCCUUACAACAAUUUCAAGAAGCCGUUGAGUGAAAGAAAAACCAGCAAUUCAACACAAGUUGGAACAGACAAUAACCUUGAAUCUCCAAUGCAUGCAUGUAAUUCUGAUCAUCAUCAUGGAUCCAUCCCUGAGAGCCAAGUUAUCUUUUCAGCUAUACCUUAUGUUUGUGGAGAAGUCGAGGUCAUUAGCACAGAAAAGUUUGUUACAACUGAUUAUUUGCCAGGUCAAAGAUAUGUAUCAAAAUUAAACCAUCCCACAUGUAAGCCAACUAAAGAGCAUGACUAUAGUUAUCACAGAGAUGAUAAAGUGAUUGUAGAUUCGUCUACUCAAACAGAAGUUACAGCUAAUGAUAUCAGGCUACUGGAACAGGAAAAUAACAGACUCAAGCAUACCCUGGAAGAUAAAGACAGCUUGUCCAGAGAAAUUUUUGUUAAACAUGUUACCAAAGAUGACAAACAUGUAAAGUUUUACACUGGUGUUCAAAAUUUCGCUAUUUUAAUGGGUAUUUUCCAGCUUCUUAUGACCAAAUGUUCCAAGUUAAAGUACUGGUCUGGCAAGGGAAGUGUUAAUGACAAAAACUACCAAACUGGAAAUAGAUUAAAGCCUGGACCACAAAGGAAAUUGACAGAUUUUCAGGAAUUUAUACUCACAUUAGUACGUCUUCGUCUUGGUCUAAUAGAUUAUCACUUAGCUGAUAUUUUUGGAAUCUCAAAGACCCGUGUUUCACAGAUAUUUACAACAUGGAUAACAUUUAUGUCAGGUUUAUUUGGAAAACUAAUAAAAUGGCCAUCAAAGCAACAAGUCAGAAAACAUAUGCCGCAUUCAUUCAAAAUGUUAUACCCAAAAACAAGAUCUAUAAUUGACUGCACAGAAUUUUUUUUUCAACAUCCAAGAUCUCCUACAGCACAGGCCUCAACAUAUAGCACUUAUAAAUCAAAAAAUACUGGGAAAUGUCUUUUAGGGAUCUCACCUUCUGGAACCUUCACUUUUGUUUCAGACGUUUAUGGCGGCAAUGUAUCAGAUCGUUUUAUUACUGAAAAGUCUGGUUUCAUGGAUUACAUUGAAGAGGGAGAUGACAUAAUGGCAGAUAGAGGCUUCACCAUAAGAGAUUUGUUAACAGAAAAAAAAGCAACAUUAAAUAUGCCACCAUUUACUCGCAAGUGUGUUUGGGGAAAAAAGAAAAGACUUAAUGUGAAUGAAAUUAAACAAACUCGCUCUAUAGCUAAGUUGAGAAUUCAUGUUGAAAGAGCCAUUCAAAGACUAAAGCUAUUUAAACUUAUAGGAAAUACUAUAGCAUGGUCUCUGAAACCAUUGACUAAUCAAAUGGUCAAAGUUUCAGCAUUUUUAUGCAAUUUAAUGCCAAAAUUAGUUAGGCGGUAAAAUGUCCAUAGAGAUAUAGAAGUGGCACAGUUACAGAUAUUACCUUAAAAAGUAAAUAUACACAUUAAUCUAGUUUUAAAACUUGUACUUUAAAAAAAAAUGCCAUGAAUGCAGGCCUGUUUACUGUUGAAUUCUUAAAUUGUCUUGUAUACAUUUUUAUCAAUGAAUUUUAGUCUUGGACAAAGAGUUGUCUCAUUUGACAAUCAUACCACAUAACUUUUUCAAUAGGUUGAAAACAGUAUGUUUAACUGAAAAAUUAAACUUUUAAAAUUUGCACCAACGUAAUGUCUUGCUUUUGGUGUUUACUCAAUGUAUCAAUUUUGUGUUUAUUGCGGAAAUACUGAAUCUUUGACCUUUA